CAAGUGAUGCAGAACGAGGAUUAUCUCGCGGCGAUAUUGGACCGAACUCCCAUCGGCCGUAUAGCUGAGCCUGAUGAGGUAUCCGGCAUGGUCGCCUUUCUCUGUAUGGAGGGACCGGCGGGCUAUAUAACCGGACAAGUAAUCAGCACAGACGGUGGUAUGACGGCGUAUGGAUUCGCCUACAAUCCUUAG